AUGAGUGGAAAAUCAAAAGUAUUAGUUGUUUUUCCUUCUCAACCAGAAUCAAAUAAAUCUUUAAUUCUAUUUCAUCCAAUAAAAGUUUCAUAUUUAAUUAGUUGUAGUUCAAAUUCAAAUGAUAUCAAAAUAUAUAAUGUGGUGAAUGAGAAAUCCACUGAUUUAGCUCCUGUUGAGGUAAAGAGUCAUCAUAGUUCACCGGUAACCAGUGUUGCCAUAUCGCCAAAAGGUGAUUAUCUAGCCAGUUCGUCAUUGGACAAAACUAUUGUUCUCUUUACCAGUGAAUCACUCUCCAAACAAACACAGGAGUCAAAAACCAUUACUUUUUCAAAUGUCAUCACCUAUGUAACAUUCAGUCCAACUGGUUCCUAUCUGGCUGCUGCGACCAAUGAUAAUAUUAGAUUGAUAAAUAUGAUGGAUCAUUCUCAGAUUAUUACUUUUAAAGCACAUGAUGGAAUGAUUCAAUCGAUUAACUACUCACCGAAUGGCAAUUAUUUGGUAUCGAUUGGCAGUGACGAUGGUAUGUUGAAGAUUUGGUCGAUUUCACAGGUUUCAGAAGAUAGUGUUGAACCGGUGUUUGAAAUGGAGUUGAGUAGCAACGGUGGUGAUGCUGCCAAAACAAUGGUGUCGUGGAAGCCAGACAGCACUGCUCUCUCCUACACAGAGUCACAGACAGUCGUGAGUCUUACAGAGAAAGACGGUUGGCAGAACAACACUGUCUUUGAGCAGAAUGGACAUACCAGAGAUACCAAUGGCGUUGCAUGGUCGCCAAAUGGCAAGUAUUUGGCAUCCAGUGGACAAGACAAAUACAUUAUGAUAUGGGAUCCAGUUUCAUUGGAAACCGUCAAUGAUUUCAAACAUCAAAAUAAUAUUUGUAAUCUUUCAUGGAGAAAUGAUGGAAAUUGUCUUGCUUUUAUUGAUUCAAAAGGACAGAUUGGUGUUUGUUGGAAUAUUAUACCAAGUAAUUUGGCAUCACCAACUGCUGGUGCUGUCAAAUCAAAUUCACAAAUGUUGAGUGAAAUGUUUGAUAGUCCGGAUGUAGCCGAAGCUGACGACACCCCAUCAAAGUCAAACAAAAAGAAAAAGUCGAGUUCACAAGAUAUCGAUUUGGAGGUCGAAGAGGAAUUAUCAGAUUUCGAUAUGGAUGAUGAUUUUAUUGAUGAUGAGGAGCAGCAACCACAAACUACAUCGAAAAAGAUGGAUAAAAAAUCAUUGGUCUCUUCACUUUCGAAAUCGAGCUACUCAUCGGUUUACAAGUCGUUCCAACCUGGAUCCACUUAUGGCGAGAGAAAACCAAGAUAUUUCUUGGCACUCAAUAUGAUUGGAAUGAUUAUUAAGCGAGAGGAUGAGAGUUCCUCGAAAUCGGGUGGAUCGAUCGAAAUUGAAUUCAACGAAGUUUCAUUCCAUAGAAAAAUUACAUUCAUCGAUAACAAUCAAUUCGAUUUGGCGUCACUUGGCAAAUCUGGAGCGGUGUUUGCUUCCACCAAAGUGCCAACACUCUAUUUCAAGCCGUUCGACUCGAUUGGCCAGAAUUCAGAUUGGAGCUACCAGGUCAGUGAGAAUGAUAAGGUAAUCGGUGUGUCGAUUGGCAGCAAAUACAUUGUGGCGUGCACCAAACAGAGAACUCUGAGAAUUUUUACAUUGAGUGGAUUGCAACUGACUGUUAUGUCGCUGUGCGGCGAUCUCAUUACAAUGUCACAGAGUUUCGAUGACCGACUGGCUGUUGUCUAUUCCAAUGGUGGCAGUCUGCGUGUACUCUAUUUGAAUCUGAACGAUGGCAAUCAAAUCUAUCACAGUGAUUUGGCCAUAUCGCCAGUGUCCACCCUUACAUGGAUUGGUUUCUCCGAUGCCAAUGACGGACAGCUCACAACCGUAGACUCGAAUGGCAUAGUCAGGGGUCUGAUGUCUUUGUGGCCAACUAAAAAUUCACCAUUACAAUGGAGUCCAAUUAAGGAUCUCAAGAGUGUUUCAAAGACAAGUAGUAGUGUCACCUAUUGGGUAGUUGGAUUAAAUGAUAAGAGUAUUUAUUGUAUUUUAUGUGAAAAUCAACCACAAACUGUUCCAAGACCAAGUUUAUCACCAAUUCCAAUUUCACCUAUUUUGCUUACACCUGAGAAUCCAAAUAAUUUAUCACUUGAAGAAAAUUUCUAUAAAGCUAAACAGGCAUUUAGUAAUUUUGUACAGACUGAUCAAUUUGAAAAUAAUGAAACUUUGACAAAACAACAAACUUUGUUUGAUUCUGAUAUUCUAAGACUUUUCAAGAAUUCUUUGGAAGAUGGAAAUGUUCAGAGAUGUUAUGAACUAUGUCAACUAUUACAAUUUAAGAAAUCCUUAAGCAUUGCCAUUAAGUUGGCCAAUGAUAAGAAAUCAAUUGCUAUUUCAUCAAAGAUUGUAACUAUUAUGGAUAAAUUCAAUGUAACUGCUGCACCAACACCUUCAAAUUCUUUACCAUCAUCUCAAACCACUGUGACAUCUCAAGAGACUAAAUCCACUGUUAUUGAAGUUGAGUCACCAAAACAAAAAUCAAAUACAACAUCUCCAAAGAUUUCAUCAUCAUCAUCCUCAUCAUCCAGCUCAUCUGGUCUUUCAAAGUUAUUGAGUGCCAACACAUCGACAUCAUCAACAACCGCAACAAAAAAGAAAAGUGUAUUGCCAUUCCCAAAAGUUGAAGUCGGAAAGGAUAACAAAAAAAGAAAGGAUAUUGAUGAAGCCGAUGGUAAACCACUAAAGCAAGCAAAGAAAUAG